AUGUCGCGUGGCGCGCGGGAGCUCGGCGGCGUGGAGCCCCGGGGCGUCCGCUCGGCUUCCAGGCCCGCGGGUGCCGCCGCGCGCGCGCUGCCGUUCGUCAACGCCCUCGGCCCGCCCCCGCCGCAGCUCCACCAAUCGGAGCCGGGGGUCGGAGGUGAGGAGGCGUGGCCGGCCGAGGAAGCCGGGGGCCAGCGGCCGCCGGGCGUCGGGGUCCUGGGCCCGGGGAGAGCGAAGGGGUCGGGCGGGCCCCGGAGCGGCGCGGCUGGGAAGCUGGAGGCCAGGCGGGUACCGGCGGGGCGGGGCGGGGCGGGGCGGGGCGGGGCGGGCCGGCGUCUCCAUCCUCGGUCCCCUCGGCCGCCGCGCCGCCGCUCCGUGCGGUCCGCACCUCCGCGCCGCCGCCAAGGGCCCCAGUCCCCCGGGCGCCGCCGCUCGGCCCGUCGGUGCACAGCGCCUGGCGGCGUCUCGCUGCCCGUCUCACGCCCCGCGGCUCGUCGCCGCCCCGGGCACCGGCCGCCCCCUGGCUGGCGCCGCCGUCCCGCGGUGGACCGCCGUGGCCGUGCUGAGCCGCCGUUUGGGGACACCGGAUUCAGGUCGCGAGGGAGAAGGGAGUGUGACUUGACGGAGCGUGACGCGGAGAGCCUGGCCUGGCGCCCGGUUCUGCCUGAUGUCAGGCCGACGAGGGCGGCGGGGGAUGGUGGCCACGUAUCCCAACGAGAAAGAACCGCCCUGCUCUGGCGGGGCUCCUCCCUCCUCCCUGUGGUUCACGACCGUUCGGAACCUCAGGACGUGUUUGAAGCUGGCAGGACUCCCAGCCCCCGACGAUGGUCCGAGUGGAGGCAGCAGCAUCCAGUUUCUCCGUCGUCUUUAGGUUCUCCUUGUCUUUCUUUUCUUUCUUUUUUUGGCUUCUGACCAGAGAUUCGGUUCACAGCAAAGGUUCUGCUUUUCUUUGACUUUCUUAGUCUUUUUUUUCCCCCAUGUCUGUUACCCUCACAGUCUCUUUCGGGCUGAUUGAGUGCUGUUGUUUGUUACUGAGGAAGGAAAACAAGGGGUGAAUCACAGAACUGGGGUCGGCUGUCCCUAUUGCCCUGGAAUUGGGUUGUCCUGACUGGAUAAUUCAAACAUCAUUUUGAAAAGGUCAUCCUUUUACCAACUGAAACGAGUAACACCCCCGGUCAUUCUAUGCUAGUGAUUCUCCUGCCUGGCUGUAUGUUGUAAUCAUCUAGGGACCUUAAAAAAAAA